CAGGUACGAUGGGCAAUGUUGCCAGAACUCUUGUCGUGAUCAAGCAGUGAAAAAGCAGACAGUUUCUUGUGAAGAUGACGACUGCGUUUGCCACCAGGGGAAAACGCCGUUCAGAACCAAAAUCUUGUAGAAAUUGUAAAGUUCAAAACCACACAGUAGUUGAAGAAAAUCUGCUGCAAAUACAAAACAGACUGGGUAUAAGUCCAGAUUCUCAGUGCUCUUGCAAAGAAAAUCAAAAAGAACCUCAUAAAGUUUAUGCUUGGACGCCUCCAGGUUUACCCGCAGAUAAAAUAGAUGAAUAUUUUGCCCAGCUUCCCAAUAACAAAGUUCCAAGAUGGAAGUCACCUGGGGAACAGUACCGAGAAAAGCAGCUGGUUCUUCAACUUCCCAAACAAGACUUAGCCCUCGCUUACUGCAGCUAUCUUGACAAAAUGCAUCAGAAGUCUUUCGAAGAUUUUGUAAAUAUGAGGAAUGAAUUAGCACUCGACAUAGCUUACGUCAGAGAGUACCUUGACAAGCCAAAGGAAUGUGCGAAGUGUCGAGGGACGAUGUUAAAAGGAGACGUUGCAGUCAUCGCACCGAAAUUCGGGGAGUCCAUUUGCUGGCAUCCCGCAUGUUUUGUGUGCAGCACCUGUGAUGAAUUACUAGUCGACCUCACGCACUGUGUUAAAGACAGAAAACUGUACUGCGAAAGACAUUUCGCCGAACAAAUCAAACCCAGAUGCGCUGCCUGUGAUGAACUCAUAUUUUCCGGAGAAUAUACCAAAGCCAUGUCGAAGGAUUGGCAUUCAAGUCAUUUCUGUUGCUGGCAAUGCGAUGAAACACUUACUGGCCAACGCUAUGUUUUAAGGGAUGAUCAUCCCUAUUGUACGAAAUGUUACGAACAAGUAUUUUCUAAUACCUGCGACGAAUGCGGUAAAAUCAUCGGAAUAGAUUCAAAGGAUUUAUCGUACAAAGAAAAACACUGGCACGAAGCCUGUUUCCUGUGCAACAAGUGCCGAGUGUCAUUGGUGGACAAACCAUUUGGAUCAAAGGCCGAGAAAGUCUAUUGUGCAAGUUGCUACGAUGCUGCUUUUGCUUCCAGAUGUGAUGGAUGCAAUGAAGUUUUCAGAGCAGGAACUAAGAAAAUGGAAUACAAAGGUCACCAAUGGCAUGAAAAAUGUUUCACUUGUUCCGUGUGCAAAACUCCUAUCGGAACUCGCAGCUUUAUCCCCAGGGACAACGACAUCUAUUGUACCACCUGCUAUGAGCAGAAGUAUGCAACCAGGUGCAUUAAAUGCAAUCAGAUUAUAACUGCUGGAGGAGUAACAUACCGAAACGAGCCAUGGCACAGGGAAUGCUUCUCGUGCACAAACUGCGGAACAUCUCUAGCUGGACAGCGUUUCACAUCAAGAGAUGAGAAACCUUAUUGCGCGGAUUGCUUUGGAGAGCUUUUCGCUAAAAAGUGCACAGCCUGCAACAAACCUAUUACUGGUAUUGGUGGAACCAGGUUUAUUUCCUUCGAAGAUCGCAACUGGCAUAAUGAUUGUUUCAUGUGUGCCGAAUGCCGUACAUCUCUUGUUGGAAAAGGUUUCAUAACAGAUGGAUCCGAUAUUCUUUGCCCAGAAUGCGCUAAACAACGACUAAUGUGAUCUCAUUUGUUCUUAAGCGUGAUAGAAAAAAAUGUGUUGUUGCUAUAUUGUAACAUGCUUCCGAUCCGCAGGCGGGAAGAACUCUGUUCGAUGUCAUCACUUAUCUUCAUCUUUUGCUGCGGUGCAAUAGUAGCUUAAAGAUGUUUACAGAAAUAAGAUUAUUAAGAAGCCAGAUUGUUGGCAUAAUAAUCUUGUAUUAAAUAUUAACUAACUGUU